AACAGACUAUAGCUUUGCUGGUAGACAAGCUAGGAGGAUUAAUAGAAAUCCUAGAGGUUUUAUUUGUUUUUAAUUGCUGCUUGUUUGCGCUAAAGGCGGGGACAAACAAAACAUUUCCCCCCUCCUCUCGCGAUAGCAGAGUCCUCCAACAGUGGAAGAUUCCACCGGCGAAGUCUUCCCCUUCAGCAGUUCAAAGUCAGCGAGUCUCUGCCAUUCCCGGAUCAGACGUCACCAAACCUCUCACUUUCUGUCUUCCCUUCUCUCCCACCUCCGGAGUUUUACCAGCUAAGCCGCGUUUCGAGCAUGCGCAGGAAGAGAAUCGCGUUGCUAGGGUGGAGCGGCCCUUAGUUACCGUGUGUUGCUGCUGCCACCGCGGUUCGAUAAUCUAGGAACCGCGAGAAAAUGGUAGCGACCCCGCAGGUAAAUAAAUUCCUUGGGAGCUCUCCCUACGCUAUAUACGGAAAGAAGGGUGAGUUAGUAAUAUGUUGCGGACUCACUUCAAACGCUCGUUUUCCGUUCUUGCAUUUUUAGUCCAUUUACGUGCAGGAAAGUAGGGCUGGCUUUGGGAUGUGUACAGCCCCCUCGGGCGGGGGCUCAGACGUCCCUUCCUUUGGGCUUGGCGGACUCGCUGGCAGACGAUCUUUGCAAAGCAUGGGGUGCCGGUAGGGUGCUUCAAGAGGAGCUUUCCCCAUUUGGAUGUAAGGUGGCCCCUUAUUCCUCCCGGUCCGAACCGUUGCAGAAGGAUUAAAGUGUGGCUGGGGAACUGGUGGCCCUUCAACUGUUGCUGGUGGAGCCGGACCAGCGUCGCCAAGGAUGCUGGGAAUGGUAGUUUAGCAACUUUUGGAAAACCAGAGAUUCCCCACUCCUGAAUUAAACAGAUGCAAAGAACCUCGUCUUCCUGCCCAACGCCUAAAGGGAGGAAAUCUUUUUCAUCAGUCCCUUGAUAGAGAAUAUGUUGCUGCACUUCCCUAGCAAGGAGUCUUGUUUCUAACGUCAGUGUGAUGAGCAAAACUUCAGCGAGUUGAGGUGUCUGGCAAUUCUGUUCCAUAGAAGGUAAUUAUGGAGGGAGAUCUUCGGAAUAUAAUUAUCUUCAAUGCUUCCAAAAAGGAAAUUUUUACUAUGAACAGUGGUUAUAGGAUUUUACAAAAAAAACUUCGUAGUAACUGGAAAAUACAGAGUUUAAAAGAUGAAAUCACUUCAGAGAAACUGUCAGGAGUAAAACUGUGGAUUACAGCAGGACCCAGAGAAAAGUUUACAGCUGCUGAAUUUGAAGUUCUGAAGAAGUAUCUAGAAAGUGGUGGGGAUAUCUUGGUGAUGCUGGGAGAAGGUGGUGAAUCUCGUUAUGAUACCAACAUCAACUUUUUAUUAGAAGAAUUCGGGAUCAUGGUCAAUAAUGAUUCUGUGGUGAGAAAUGUAUAUUAUAAAUAUUUUCAUCCUAAAGAAGCCUUGGUGUCCAAUGGAGUUUUAAAUCGGGAAAUCAGCAGAGCUGCAGGAAAAACAGUGACUGGGAUAAUAGAUGAAGAUAGCGGUGGAAAUGAUUCACAGGCUCUCACUUUUAUAUAUCCAUUUGGUGCUACAUUAAAUGUGAUGAAACCUGCAGUGGCUAUUCUGUCUACAGGCUCUGUCUGUUUUCCUCUUAAUAGACCCAUAUUGGCUUUUUAUCAUUAUAAGAAUCAAGGUGGCAAAUUAGCAGUAUUGGGAUCUUGUCAUAUGUUCAGUGACCAGUAUUUGGAAAAAGAAGAAAAUAGCAAGAUCAUGGAUGUACUUUUCCAAUGGCUUACAACAAACAACAUUCACUUAAAUCAGAUAGAUGCAGAAGAUCCAGAAAUUUCUGAUUAUACAAUGCUUCCUGAUAUAGCCAUUUUGUCAGAACGACUACGAGUUUGUCUGCAGGAGGGAGAUGAGAAUCCACGAGAUUUUACAACACUCUUUGACAUGUCUAUUUACCAACUGGAUACUACAGCACUUCCCAAAAUUAUUAAAUCUUAUGAACAGCUGAAUGUGAAAUAUGAACCACUUCAGCUAAUUCAGCCACAGUUUGAAACACCUUUACCUGCACUCCAGCCAGCAGUUUUUCCACCAGCUUUCAGAGAGUUGCCUCCUCCCAGCCUGGACUUGUUUGAUUUGGAUGAAACGUUUUCUUCUGAGAAAGCCCGUCUUGCCCAAAUAACAAACAAAUGUACUGAAGAUGAUCUGGAAUUCUAUGUCAGAAAAUGUGGUGAUAUCCUAGGGGUAACUAAUAAACUGCCAAAGGAACAGCAAGAUGCCAAGCAUAUACUGGAGCAUAUUUUCUUUCAAGUGGUGGAGUUCAAGAAGCUAAAUCAAGAACAUGAUAUUGAUACAAGUGAAGCUGGAUUCCAGGGUGGUUUCUGAAAAAUUCUGAGCAUAAAUGACUCCUUUUUGGCAGAAGAGGAAUCAUAAUUUAUUGAACAAGCACAUGAUAACUGACUGUUAUCUGCCAAUUUUGUAUACUAUGUUGUAAAUAUGGGGAUAUUCUAAAAUUUUGAAUGAGACACUCUUAAAGG